AUGGAAUUCUUGGCGGUUCCCGACUUUAACAACAAUGAUCUAUUACAUGACAUGAAUCAAGCUGUACGACUGGAUCAGGGACCAGGCGCUGCACCUCACUUGCAAUUGGAGGAGCCAGCUGCUGUUCGUUUAGAACCAAGAGUUGUCGAACGAAGGCCUCGGCCCCGAAUCCGUGAGGUAUGCUCCCAUCAUAUAUUUCCUUCUCUUAAACGCUUCAUCCUAUUGCAUGUUGUCACUUUCUAUAACCUUAUUCAAAGCAACAUUUAUUUCAGGAUUAUGUCAUGGUCGAGCAGAUGCGUCUCCAACAAGAAGAAAUGAGG